AUGGCCAAGGACCGCAAGUACGAGCCGGUAGACAAUGACGGCGACGGCGACGGCGACGAGCACGCCGCUUCGAUGCGCCUCCGGGCGGCGCAGAAGCUCGAGCGGCGCGCGCGGCGCUUCAUGUACGUCGCCGUCGGGCUGCUCGUAGUAUCGCUGUCUGCGCUCGUGGGCACCGCGGUGGUCCGAAAGCCGUCGAUGCUUGAGUGCGACCAGAUGGUAUCGCCCUGGUAUUUGCUGACGUUUAUGCUAUUCUUUGUAGCGUCGCUAUGGCCAGCCGUCGAGCACACCGAGGGCGACUUGGUCAACUACUUCAACCACUCGACGAUAUACAGGGGACCUCCGACAUUGGAGCGCGAGACGGCUUGGAACUCGCUGUGGUACCACCACGCCAUGCCCGUCAGCAGAGCGGGCAUAUAUGCCCUCAACAAAACAGACCCAGACCUGUACUACGAAGUCGUCGGUAGCGACCCGGAGGAGCCUACCUACGGAGCGAUUGCCGAAGUCUUCCACCAGCUGCACUGCCUGAAUCUCAUCCGCCAACACAGCUGGCCCAUUGCGCAGUUCUCCAAGGACUGGGGCGAUCUGUACCCCGACUUCCUCUGGGACAACCCGGUGCUCGGCCGCAUGCACGUCGACCACUGCUUCGAAACCCUGCGCCUGUCGCUCAUGUGCUACGCCGACAUUACGCCCGUGCUCAACCAGCACUUUGACGACCCCGACUUUGAUCGCAAGGCCGACUUCAACACCCACCACAAGUGCCGCGACUUUGACCGCAUCGCCGAGUACGUCGAGUCGAUGGGCUACGACCUACCGCCGCCCAAGUUCCUGGCCGACGAGCACGCGCACGAGAAGAGACGCUUCCUCACGCCGGUCAAGCCGGGAGGGCGGAAGUGA